AUGGGUAACUGUCAGAUGAUAGGGCUUGUUUAGUACCGUUAUGUCCAUUUUCAUAGAUAUUUGUUGAUUACAGGAGUAUUUGCUUGAUGGUUUGAAACGUUAUUUGUACAAUGUUCCUUUUAUAUCUGCCCCCAUUUCUCUAACUUUAUUUUUUUUCUAUCUUUUGUCUUGUACAUUUUUUUAUAUUUGGUUCAAUAUAUGGAUCGUUUGCAAAUUGUACAGUGGCCCCUAAAUUUACUGAAGUAACCAAGGCAGCAAAAAUUGACACGUGUUUUUUAAAUAAGAAUGUCUGCACUAGGUUAUUAAAAAUCACUCCUAAUUUUUUUUUAGCUUGUCUCUGAUCGUAUUGGUUCUGUUUUUCAUUCUUGAAUAAACACUUUUUAUUGCCAAAUUAUUGUCUUCUUGAUUACUUAUUUUUAAAGUCUUGCCUUAUAACCGAUAAAAAUAGAUCGGCCACUAGGUUGCAGUAACGAUUAAUAGCGAGCUGAUGGGCUUUGGUUGAGCUCGCGCCUCUGACAUACUGUAUUGCGUCAUUCAGUAAGCGGCUCCUCGCGCAUCUCGCCACCGUAGCUGCUCUUUCACUGCGAACCUGCUGAAGACGAUUGAUUUUUACAAUUGAAACCCCUUUCUGUCCUCUUCAAAACAAUAUCUUGUACAUUACACUUCUACUUCUGGGAACAGAAGGUUGGCAACGGUUCGGCGCUCCACUGCAGCAGACGGUCUUCCUGAUGUAUUAUCAUUCGGGGAAAGAGCUGGACAUGGCGGCGUUGACUGAGCCGCUCUGCUUGGAAAGAGAUGUUUGCAGAGUGAUAGAAUUGCUGGACAGGCUUCAAAGAAGCGGUGAACUUCCUCCUCCCAAACUCCAGGCUCUGCAGAGAGUUUUACAGAGCAAGUUCUGUGCUGCCAUCCGAGAGGUCUAUGAGCAGCUUUAUGAUACAUUGGACAUUGUAGGUGGGCCAGAGGUCCGAGCACAAGCCACUGCAAAGGCCACAGUAGCAGCGUUUGCAGCCAGUGAAGGCCAUGCACACCCAAGAGUGGUCGAACUCCCUAAAACAGACGAGGGGCUUGGGUUCAACAUCAUGGGUGGAAAAGAACAAAACUCUCCCAUCUACAUCUCCAGGGUCAUCCCAGGGGGUGUUGCUGACCGACAGGGUGGUCUGAAGAGAGGAGACCAGCUGCUCUCUGUUAAUGGAGUGAGUGUAGAGGGAGAACAUCAUGAGAAAGCUGUAGAGCUGCUAAAGGCAGCGCAGGGUUCAGUGAAGCUGGUGGUGCGUUACACCCCUAAGGUACUAGAAGAGAUGGAAGCCAGAUUUGAGAAGAUGAGAAGUGCCAGGAGACGCCAGCAACAUACCAGCUACUCGUCUUUGGAGUUCAGGGGUUAACCAGUCUCGACCUCGGACUGACCUGCUGAUCCAUUCUCCCACCCUCUCUGCUCCUAUAGGAUGACAGAAGACCCAGAGGAGAUCAGUGUAGACUACCCUUAGCUAUUUAUAUGUUAGUGGAACGAUCUCAAAACAUGUAGACCUCAAAUAUGCUAUUAUCCCUGGCCAUGCAGGGGGAUAGACUGUAUAGUGCAUUUGGUUUGUCUUGAGUCUAAUUUUCUAUUGUGUUCUUAUGUGGAACCUGCACCCUGUGAUGUUCUCGGGGGUUGUGUGUGUCUGUUAGCACAGAAGACUUUAAAACUUUAAAAAUUGGCUGCCUAGUGCAAAUACAGAGUGUGUGUACUUCUAGGACUUUGUGUCUUUUGCCGUAGGAUUAUUGCUGAACUGAAUGGCAUGAUGGCUCCUACUUAGACCAUUAUUCAUUCAUUCACGUAUCGAGUCUGUGUUUCAGAAAACAUGCAUUGACAAAAGAGUUAAAGCUAUGCAUCCCAUUUCUGUAAGUAUUCUUGUAUUAUGUGUUCUGCUCUGUGUGAACUACAUCAGGAGUACACAAACACUGUUAUUGCAGAAGACACUUCCUGAAUGAACAGAUUGCGCCGUACAAAGCGUGCCAUACUCCAAUAGGGUCGUCACGACAGUGCGCUGCUAUGAGUGGCUUUGCGCUGCCAGUCAUAGUGCCUAUGUUCAAUGCUUGAAUUUUUGAGUUUAUUUAUAUAUUUAUUCAUACAUUAAAACCAACAAUGUAAUUUAAUAGUCUGCUGAGUUAAUUUAUGCCCACAGAUUAUAAACAUUUAUCAUGAUCACCAAAGAUUUGACAAAAUAUAACUAUUUUAAUA